AUGCUAGGCGGAGAUGAUAAUGCAAGUCUUGAGGAUGGAAGUGACAUAGCACAAAUACACAGCAUUCCUGAACUAGCUGCCCAUAGCACUUCACUGUCAGAAUUUCUAGAUGUGAUUUGGGAUGAUAGUUUAGCAGAUGUGUCGUCCACCUUUGAUACAAGUAGUGCAGUAGACACAGACACCGAUGACUUUAUUACAUCACAAGUGACUGAAGCAUCUAAUAUUAGGGGGAGGGAAGAGUUUCUUUCAUCAGAUGAUCAAGCUGAUGUUUUGCAGCUUUCACCCCUUACUCAAAUGGUGGGGGAUUCAGAAUCCUAUUUCAGUGAAACUGAUGAAGACCUGCCCAUUAAGGCAACUUUCACAUUACCUAAGCCUUCUGUCUCUGAGGCAGGCCCUUCCAGAGAUUUGAAAACAUCACUUAUAAAAACUAACAAAGUUAAAUCAAACUUUGCUGAAAAUGAUGAGGAAUGCUACCUGGAGACUACUAUCAGUAUACCAAGGCUAGCAACAAUGUGUGUUGAGGAUAUUUCUGAAACUCAUUCCAUCAAAGAUAAUUAUGAUCAGAUAGAUCAGGUUAAAACUGAUGAGGAUUUCUCCAUACAAAAGUUUUCAUCUAAGGAAGAGAUUGUGGAUACUGAUAGCAAUGAAUCUAGAACUAAAUAUGAUGAGGAUGUCAGUGUUUCCUCACCAACAGAAGAAACAUUACAACAUGUUGAAGGAAGGGAGGAACAGUUAUCUGUAAUGAAAGAUGUGGAAAAAUCACAUACUGACCAAUUUGAGGUUGAAGAUAUGAUAGCAGAAGUUACAUCGACAGAAAUUAAAAGUGUCAAUGAAUUUGUAGAAGUGACAACCACAGACAGUGAACAUGCCAAUAAUUGCACAGGGGAAGUUGCAUCAACAGAAAGUGAAGAUACCAAUGAAUUUGCAGUGGAAUUCAAGAACACAGAGAGUGAACAUGCUAACAAAUUUGCAACAAAAGUUCCAUCAACAGAAAUUGUAGGUGCCAAUGAAUAUGCAGUAGAUGUUGCAGCCACAAAGAGUGAACAUGCCAAUAAUUACACAGGGGAAGUUACAUCAAAAGAAAGUGAAGAUACCAAUGAAUUUGCAGUAGAAUUCAAGAACACAGAGAGUGAACAUACCUACAAAUUUGUAACAAAAGUUCCAUCAACAGAAAUCGAAUGUUCCAAUGAACAUGCAGUAGAAGUUACAGCCACAGCCACAAAGAGUGAACAUGCCAAUGAUUACGCAGGGGAAGUUACAUCAAAAGAAAGUGAAGAUACCAAUGAAUUUGCAGUAGAAUUCAAGAACACAGAGAGUGAACAUACCUACAAAUUUGUAACAAAAGUUCCAUCAACAGAAAUCGAAUGUUCCAAUGAACAUGCAGUAGAAGUUACAGCCACAGCCACAAAGAGUGAACAUGCCAAUGAUUACGCAGGGGAAGUUACAUCAAAAGAAAGUGCCAAUGAAUAUGCAGUAGAAGUUAAUGCCACAGAGAGUGAACAUGCCAAUGAUUACACAGAGGAAGUUACAUCAAAAGAAAGUGGAGACACCAAUAAACUUGCAGUAGAAUUCAAGAACACUGAGAGUAAACAUGCCAACAAAUUUGCAACAAAAGUUCCAUCAACAGAAAUUGUAGGUGCCAAUGAAUAUGCAGUAGAAGUUAAUGCCACAGAGAGUGAACAUGCCAAUGAUUACGCAGGGGAAGUUACAUCAAAAGAAAGUGGAGACACCAAUGAACUUGCAGAGAAAGUUAUGACCGCAGAAGGUGAAUGUGCCAAAGUACUUGGAACAGAUGUUGAGAACACAAAUAGUAAAUAUAUCGGUCAAUACACAAUGGAUGUUAUGACCACAGAAAAAGAACAUGCCAAUGGACCCAUAACAUGGAACACAGAUACAGAGGAAGUGAUGUCAGUUGAAUUACUGGAGGAUAAACAGUCUGAUAAUAUUGGUCUGCAUUCUGUAGAAAGUGAUGCCACUUCUGAAGCUGAGAGGGAGUUUACAUCAGAAACUGCCACUGUAUCUGGCACUGUAGCUGUCAAAGAAUCUUCUACAAACAAGGGUGAUGGUGAGGUGAAGGUGAACACCAUGCUAUUUCACUUGACUAGUCCUUCAGAAUGUACAACCUAUUUCUCUGAGACCCACUUUAAACUCAACAACAAUAAUGAAUCAAUGAAUAUACCAUGGCCAUCAGGUACUGAUAAUACACCAGUUACAGCCUCCUUAGUUUCAACAGCGGAUUCUUACUAUUCUGAUAGUGAGUAUGUCUUUUCAAAUGGCUGUACUCAGUAA